CGUGCCGUAUAUCGGUUUGUUAACGGCGGAACCGGGAACUCUGUGUGUCAAGGAGGGAAAAAAAGCUCUCCUCCUCCCGUGAUAGAGAGAGGGCCGAAGGAGUGCCAUGCGUUACGAAUCUACAAUAUCUUCGCAUGACGACCGUUUAGUUCAACAUACAAGAAGCCACAAGCGGUCUGCUGCGGCUGAAUCCUAUCACUGAUUUGGGACUAGAAGCCGAAAGAAAGACUAAAAACAUGGGAUGCAAUACGGGCCGAUGCCUCGGUCCAGACGAUACGGGGUACCCUGGAUCAGAAUUCAUGGCAGCCAUUAGGAAGAAAUUGGUUAUCGUGGGUGAUGGUGCUUGUGGUAAAACAUGCUUACUCAUAGUCUUCAGCAAAGACCAAUUUCCUGAAGUGUAUGUACCUACGGUAUUUGAAAAUUAUGUUGCGGACAUCGAGGUCGAUGGGAAGCAGGUGGAAUUGGCUCUUUGGGACACAGCUGGACAAGAAGAUUACGAUAGGUUGCGUCCGCUGUCGUAUCCUGACACAGACGUAAUUCUAAUGUGCUUCUCCAUCGACAGUCCCGAUUCCUUGGAGAACAUUCCCGAGAAGUGGACACCGGAGGUGAAGCACUUUUGCCCAAAUGUGCCCAUUAUCCUUGUUGGAAACAAAAAAGACUUGCGCAAUGAUCCUAAUACUAUCAAGGAACUUAGCAAGAUGAAACAAGAACCAGUAAAACCAGAAGAAGGUAGAGCUAUGGCUGAAAAAAUCAACGCGUUUGCUUAUCUUGAAUGUUCCGCUAAGAGUAAGGAGGGUAUUAGGGAAGUAUUUGAAACAGCCACCCGGGCAGCACUACAAGUAAAAAAGAAGAAGAAGGGAAGAUGUUGGCUCUUAUAAUUCGUGAAAUUGUUAUACUGGAGGCCCCCAGCGAAAACCAUAAUAUAAUAACAACUUAUCCUGAAUUAUUUUACAUAAUAAAACAAAUCUAUGAAAAAGUAAAACACAAAAUGC